GUGUGUGUGUGUGUGUGUGUGUGUGUGUGUGUGUGUUCUGGUAAUCAUCACUUUGUGGGGACAAGAAUCUGUUUACACAGUCACGUAAUGGGGACCUCUUGCGUUGUGGGGACCAAAAAUCAGGUCCCCAUAAGGUUAACCCAUUUAAUUGGAUAGAGGAACUAUUCUGAAGGUUCUGGGCGGAGUUUUAGCAUUGGCCCAUAACACAUGAUUAUCAAGUAUUGUGCGUGUGUGUAGCGGGAGCUCUGCUGCGCCCCCAAACAUUUUUGUCUGGUAAUGCACUCACUUCUCCACACACACAUUUUCCAAUUAUGGGUGGGUACCGCCCACUUCCGGGUCCUCGUUAGGAAGGAGUUCGACAGCAACUUGAAAAUACAAGUAUUAAAUUGACAACGUUACUUCACACGGAGAACAAAGAAGAAGAUUAACGUUAUUUACUGAAGAUGCCAACGAUCUGAACUUCUGCCGAGGAUAAAAGUGAAGCUUAAGGUAAGCACACAUAAUAAAUCAAUUAGGUUAAUUAGAUUAGUCUGCGGGCUAGCUAGUUAGUGCUAAUUGUUGAGGCUAACGCAGUUACAUGUUUCUCUGUUUUUCCAAUUAGCGAUCACAUAAUCAUGCAAUUUAAUGUUAAGGACUUAAUUUUAACUGAAAAGUGUUGUGUAGUCUGACUGAUUGCUAAUGGAUUCGGUUUUUAAGGUUGUUUUUGUCUAGUUUGCGCUAGUGCUGGACGGUGGCUUAUUUUAUAUUUUAAAUUGAAGAUAUCUUACAUGUAACGUUAACACGUUUGACUGAUCAAUAAUUGUUUUUACAUUUAAAUUAACUCCAUAGGCAGCAUAUACAAGCCACAGAUCUUGACCAAAGUGCUUAACAGAGAAAUUAGGUUGGCUAAAAUAAAACAAAAACUAAAAUAGAAAGUAGCUUUAAGAAUAAACUUAAUUUUAAUUAUGACGGUAGUUAAAAUAAACUGGGGUUUGUAUGGUGAGCUCGUUCAAAAGAGUAACUUGGUUAGGUUAAGGACCAAAUGAAUAGUUAAAUAAUUGCCAAGGCUAAUGUUACCUGAAAUAAAAUAGAAGAUGGUGAGUUGAUGCUCUCAAGGCUAGCAUUGUUGUGCCAGUCAAUAAAUCUAAUAUUAUUUUAUAGAGUUCAUAUGUCUUGUCUUACACUGAUGCAUACAAUAUCAUUGUAAUGCUGUAACAUUACAAUACCAUUUUUAUCUACUUCUUGAACAUAUUAGUUGAAUUCUGCGUGUCUUCAUUUUCAGUGUAAUUAAUUUCACAUGUUUUUAUUUUUCAUCAGUUUGAAAUGCCACCACGAAUCAGCCCCCUUAAGGAUGCCAUGCAUCAUGUUGUUUCAAAAACUGACAAAACAUUCAAAUUAGAUGUGAAGUAUAUCAAUGCAGUGAAAGGACGUGGUCUAUUUGCAAAGGCUGCCUUUUGCAAAGGUGAUUUUGUUGUUGAGUACAGGGGAGAUAUGAUAAAUGAAGCAGAACUUCAGAGGAGAAGAAAACGUUACCACGCAUCCUGUGCUGCAUUUAUGUUUGAUUUCAAGUGGCGAGGGAAAACAUGGUGUAUUGACGCGUCAAGGGAAGAUGGAUCGUAUGGGCGUAUCGCUAAUGAUUGCCACAAUCAUCCAAAUUGUAAGAUGAAAAAAAUUGACGUCAAUGGAAAGCCUCACCUUUGUCUGUUUGCCCUGAAUGACAUUAAAGAAGGAGAAGAAAUUGCCUAUGAUUAUGGGGGAGAAGACUACCCAUGGAGAACACAAAUGACCAGAGUUGCUGUUAAUACCAGCACAGUGAAUGACUCUGAUCCUUCUCUCCAGUCAGUGACUCAGAUGGAUGAAGAAUCUGCUCAAAUCAACUCUCCUCAACAGAUGACCAGAGUUGCUGUUAAAACCAGCACAGUGAAUGCCUCUGAUCCUUCUCUCCAGUCAGUGACUCAGAUGGAUGAAGAAUCUGCUCAAAUCAACUCUCCUCAACAGAUGACCAGAGUUGCUGUUAAUACCAGCACAGUGAAUGACUCUGAUCCUUCUCUCCAGUCAGUGACUCAGAUGGAUGAAGAAUCUGCUCAAAUCAACUCUCCUCAACAGAUGACCAGAGUUGCUGUUAAAACCAGCACAGUGAAUGACUCUGAUCCUUCUCUCCAGUCAGUGACUCAGAUGGAUGAAGAAUCUGCUCAAAUCAACUCUCCUCAACAGAUGACCAGAGUUGCUGUUAAUACCAGCACAGUGAAUGACUCUGAUCCUUCUCUCCAGUCAGUGACUCAGAUGGAUGAAGAAUCUGCUCAAAUCAACUCUCCUCAACAGAUGACCAGAGUUGCUGUUAAUACCAGCACAGUGAAUGACUCUGAUCCUUCUCUCCAGUCAGUGACUCAGAUGGAUGAAGAAUCUGCUCAAAUCAACUCUCCUCAACAGAUGACCAGAGUUGCUGUUAAAACCAGCACAGUGAAUGACUCUGAUCCUUCUCUCCAGUCAGUGACUCAGAUGGAUGAAGAAUCUGCUCAAAUCAACUCUCCUCAACAGAUGACCAGAGUUGCUGUUAAUACCAGCACAGUGAAUGACUCUGAUCCUUCUCUCCAGUCAGUGACUCAGAUGGAUGAAGAAUCUGCUCAAAUCAACUCUCCUCAACAGAUUGUGAUACAGCACCGAAAUGAAAAUGACAUUUUUGUACCAAGACUGAGACGGACUAAAAGUAUUGUGAUAAAAGACAUUGAUCUUCAAGAUUCUGGUGAGCUCUUUGAUUCUACACCAGAGAGUUCAGAUAAUUAUGUUCCAGAUACCACUUCCGACAGUGACUGUGACAGUGAUGUUAGCCUUACACUGAACCCAACAAAACGUCAGCUUCUUGAUCAACUGGAUAUGAAUGAAUCUGCCUCUGUAAGCUCCCCUGACUGUGACUCAACAACGUCAGACAAUAUGCACAGCGUUACGUCUAAAGCAUCUGGAACAGUAGAAGAGCCCAGUUCAAGUCAGAACACAAUAGACUGCGUAGUUGUUAAUGCAUACCAUAAAAGAGAUGGUGGUAGAGUGUAUAACAAGAGACAUUACUGCUUGUAUUGCUCCAAACCUUACGCUAAGAUGGCAAGGCAUCUAGAAAGUUCACAUGCAAAUACAUCUGAUGUGGCUAGAGCUCUAAGCUUUCCAAAAUGUUCAAAGGAGAGAAAAAAACAGUUGGAUUAUAUUCGCAACAAAGGGAACUAUGCCCACAAUGCUGCGGUUAUGGAAUCAGGAAAGGGGGAACUGGUGCCAUUUAAACGACCACCUAAAAAAGCACUGGGAGAGGAUUUCAUGCAUUGUGCAUACUGUCAAGGACUUUUUACGAGAAAGGUCCUUUGGCGACAUAUGCGUUCUUGCAGACUUAAACCUCAGUCAGUCCCCCCCAAACCAGGAAAAAACCGUGUUCAGUCCAUGUGUACAUACACGGGGCCUGUGCCUUCAAACAUGACCAAACAACUGUGGGGAGUAAUCAGUGCCAUGAAUCCUGACCCAAUCACAGAUAUUAUAAAAAAUGACAAAGUAAUUACUGAAAUUGGGCAGCACUUGUUGAACAAAGGAGGGAUAUCAGCCAAAAAUCAACAGUAUGUGCGGGAGAAGAUGCGAGAAUUGGGACGGUUGAUUCACAAGGCGAGGAGAGUCACCUCGUUAAAAACGAUGGAAGAUUGUGUAAAUCCAAAGAAGUACAUGGAGACUGUCAAAGCUGUGAAGUAUACGUGUGGGUAUGACAGUGAAACAGACAAGUUCAUGAUUCCAUCGCUUGCAAAUAAGCUUGGGAAUUCCCUGGUUAAAGUGAGCAAACUCUUAAAAGCUCAGGGAUUAAUCUCAAAUGACAAACAGCUUGUUAAGAAUGCCAGUGAGUUUCUAGAAGUCCAUCAGAACAAGUGGAACGAGUUGAUCUCGGCUACAGCAUUGAGGAACAUCAGUGAAGCAAAGUGGAAUGUGCCCACUAUCAUGCCCUUUACUGAAGACGUCCAGAAAAUGCACACACAUCUCAGUGAAGUGCAAGAGAAGUGGUUCAAAACACUCUCUGGAAGUCCCUCUACUAAAACCUGGAUGGAGCUGGCAAAGGUGUGUCUAGCCCAGAUGAUUCUCUUUAACCGCCGCAGGGAAGGAGAGGUUUCGAGUAUGCCUUUGUCUGCAUUUCUUUCAAGAGACACUUCUCAUCCACAUGAGGAUGUGGACUGGGCACUUUCUGAAGUGGAAAAAAAACUCUGCAGACACUUCACAAGGGUUAUCACAAGAGGAAAGCGUGGUCGACCAGUUCCAAUUCUUCUGACUCCAAAAAUGCUAUGUGCCUUAGAACUCCUUGUUAAGCAGAGAGAGGUUUGUGGGGUUCUGAAAGACAAUCCCUAUAUGUUUGCAAGACCAGAAGCCAUGACACAUUUUCGAGGGUCAGACUGCCUCCGUGGCUUUGCUAAGGUGUGUGGCGCAAAGUGUCCCAAGUCACUGACAUCUACAAGACUGCGAAAGCAUGCCGCAACGCUUUCAACAGUGCUGAAUAUGACUGACACCGAGAUGGACCAGCUGGCAAACUUCCUUGGACACGACAUAAGAAUCCAUCGUGAGUUCUAUCGACUCCCUGAGAAGACCUUGCAACUUGCCAAGAUCAGCAAAGUUCUAAUGGCACUUGAACAAGGAAGAUUAGCUGAGUUCCAUGGCAAGAACUUGGAUGAAAUUGGGAUAGAUCCUGAUGAAAAAGUUCUUAACUCUGAUGAGGAAGACGAGAGCAUAACAGAGGGACUCUGUUCAUCUACUGUUGACGAACCAUCUUCAGAGGUGGCACUUCCUCCUACCGAGAGGAGUGACAUGCCGCCACCACCCAAGAGACGCAGACUACCAGCAGAUGAAGAGAUGCCUACAGAAGCCAGUGCUGUGAGGCCUUCUUCCAAAGGUAAAAGUACCCAGAAGACACCCUGGCAGCAGACAGAGGUGCAGGCGGUGGAAAGGCACAUGCAGCGAUUCAUCACAUCGCUCACUGUACCAGCAAAGAGCGACUGUGAAAAGUGCUUGAAAGCUGAACCAGGAGCACUGAAGAACCGUGAUUGGAAGAAUGUAAAAUUUUACAUUUAUAAUCGUAUUACAGCUUACAAAAAGAAAUUCCAGUGCAAAUAAUAAUAAUGUGAACAUCAUGGCAGGUUUUGUUCAAAGAUUUUAAAGGGUUAAAGAUGUUUUAAGGUUUACUAUCCCUUUAAAACUACAGAAACACUUGUAGGCUAUAGAAUACUUUUGUUUGCCAUAUGUUUUAUGAUGACUGUGAUGGCCACCAGUCGGAAAACAUUGAUCAAACAACAUUUCAAAUAGAGUGUCAUGUUUGCAGUACAGUAUGUUUAUGAUGACCGUGAUGACCACCAGUCGGAAAGCAUUGGUUGGACAAAGUUAAUUUAAAGUCGUAGUUUGUUUAAAUUCACAUGUAUGUGAAAGGAAGCAUGUGUGAAAGUUAUUUUAUUUUAUAUACUUUUAAUAUCAGGACCUUGUUUUUAGGUAUGACUUCAUUUUGAGUUUUGUGAAGCUGAGUUCAAUAAAAGUUGAAUUCCGCAA